GCAGAUUCUCGAAGCGACUUUUACAUUUCUUUCUCUUUUGAUAUUUUUUUUAGUAAAUAACCAAGAUGGAGGUAUUGGGACAAUAAAUGUAACUAACACAACUUUUUUAUGGACCAGGAAGAGUCCUUAUUUUCCAAAGUGUCCCGGGAAUCUUGGUGCACCAUUGGUGUAGAUGGGGAUGAGGCUUCAAAGUGGUUUGGAUGCUAGGCAACUAAUGCAGAUGCUUGGAAGAGCAUUGCAUGGUGAAGAGCAACAAUGGAAACCUCUGCUGCUUUCAGCUGACGGCCCAGAGAUCUCUGCUGUGCAGAGAGAUGACGUGGCCGUCUGGUUGUUUCGGCUGAACAACAAGUUCCACUUCAUGCCAGAGACUGGUGCUCUGGCUAUUUCCUUGUUGGAUCGCUUUCUUCGCCAUGUCAAGGUUCGUCCAAGGUAUCUGCAAUGUGUUGCCGUUAGCUGCCUUUACAUCGCAGCCAAAACACUUGAAGAAGAUGAGAUUGUGCCCAUCACUGUGGAGUUGGUGCGUGGGAGCCAGUGUGGUUGUUCUGUGGCGGAAGUUUUGAGGAUGGAAGCUGUUAUUCUCAAUAAACUGAGCUGGGACAUUCGUGCUGUCACCGCCAUCGACUUUUUGCAUGUGCUCCAUGCAUUACUGAUGUGGCACACCCCCCAUCUGCUCGAUGCACUGUCGAACAUGACGCCCUCAGACCACCUGGCCCUGUUGACCCGCAAGCUGUUCACUUGUCUGUGUAACCACGAGGUACAACGUAUUCGUCCAGCCACUGUUGUUCUCAGUCUUCUCAGCUUGGAGUUGGAGCAGAUACUUCCAUCUUGGUUACCCACCAUUGCUGUUCUGCAGAGUAUGACUAAGGUUAAAAAUGAAGACCUUAUCAGAUGCAGAGAGAUGAUAGCCGGUCACCUUGUGCGACGCCGUCAACUAAUGACGGGCUACUCGUUUAAGGAAUGUCAACAGCUGUCGAAGAAAAGAAAGGUGGAGCAGACCGACACAGAUGAGAUUUAUGACAGCAUCAAGCGACUCUACAAUGAGGAGGAAAAGUCAGCGGCGUGGGCAUCAUGUGGUUCAGUGGUGCACCAAGAUUCCGAUAUUGAGAUGUGUGCUCCGGCACUCACUGUGUGUGCGAAUUGAUUCUUUCCACCAACGAAAUCUUAUGUUUUAGUCUUUACUCUUUUUCCUUUCUUUUUGAACUUAUAAUACUUUAGUCUUGAGGUAUUAAAAGUAAUAGUUUGUAAUCCAGAAAUAUUAUUCCUUAUAGCAGCUUUCUGUUUUUCCUGUUUUUUCUCUUGAUGACAACCCAGUGGGUUUUGUGUUGGUUUUAGACAUUUUUAUUAUUAGGAAAGAAACCCAUGAUAUUUUUUGCCACUUGGCAAAGUAGUUUAUGAUCUUAUGUUUUAUUAGUGUGAUGCAAUCUGAAUGACUUCACAAAGUGUUCAUUCUUGUUUGAUAAUUAAUACUCGAAAAAGUGCUUGUUUUAAAAAGCAGUUUUUAUUUAGUUAUUGAACUAUGUUGCUAUGUACAAGGAAAUGAUUUCUUUAUUUUUAUUAUUAAUAUUAUUUCGAAAAAUUUAUUAAGAUUUAAUCUGAAAUGAUUAAGAGAUGUGUAUUUGAGUAUGGAAUAGUUUUUAGCUUUUUAGAAGCUUAUGUCGGCUUUUAUUUUUAAAUGGGUAUUGCAUCCCUUUUUCUAUGAGUACAGUACAAUAACUGAUACACUCAUUGUAAGUAUUACUUUCUACAACUGUUAUCACAGAGGUUAACUGGAUCAUUUAUAUUACUUGUGUAAAUUAAUUAACUGGGUUUUUGUUGACACUUUAUACACUAAUUAAGAUUUUCUUUGAUAAUCAUUUUGCCAAGCAGUCUAUUUCUUUGGUGCCUAAGUUGUUAGAUUUAGCAUAUUCAGCUCUGUUGUUGUUCUUUGCUCUUAGAUACUUCUGGCUAUAUUUAUUGUCCUUUUCAUUAAGUUUAAGUGUUUUGUUGUUGUUACUGUUAAAACUAGUGAACCAUUACUUGUUUUUGUGAUAGCUUGGUAUAUUAAUAUAUUGAGUAUGAAUGUUUGGAUGUUUGGAUGGGAAAAAAGCUUGGUUCAAAAAUCCAAGAAAAAAAAUGCAGUAAAAAAAAACAUAACUACAAAAAACGUAAACCAAAAAAAGUAUUAAAAAAGGAACAAAACUAAAAAUGUCUUUGGUAUUGUAUGUAAAUAUAUAUAUGUGUGUGUGUAUAUAUAUAUAAUGUUGUAUUAUAGAUACAGAUGGUAGUGAAAGAUGUACAUUUAACUGUAAUUUUAUAUUGUGUAUACUAGUAUUUAAUUAUAAAAACACCUGGAAUCUUCAGAUGUAAGAUAUAAACAAGAAAAAAAGGCAGCAGUCUAUUCAGGAUGAAUCCCAAGAUUGAGGCCAAGUAUUACUUGUAUUUUGUGGGAAUAGUUUUCCACUUGUAAUUUGAAGAGCAGUGGUGAUUUUUCAGGCCAUUCCAGUCUAUAGUUUUCCACUUGUAAUUUGAAGAGCAGUGGUGAUUUUUCAGGCCAUUCCAGUCUAUUUUGAUAGUUUAUGGUAGCAUUUUAUCUUUUUUUAUCAAACAGUAGAUGGCACUGUACAAAACCUUGCAUAUUUUAUCUUAAUUUGGCAGUUAAUAGGUGAUAGUUCAAAUGUUAAUUUUUUUUUUUUUUUAACACACACCCCUUGGUUGGCUAAUAUAAAUAGUGCUGUUGUCAUAACAUUAACAAGACUGAAAGAUUAGAAAAGUUGCCUUAUUAACCAAAUUUAUUUUGUAUCAUCAUCUUAAACCAGCAAAGUGUGUUUUUUGGCAAACGUUGCAGGUAUGGAAUGCAAUUGAGGAAAUCGUACUUUAUGGAACUUUAUUCUUUCAAGAUUUUUUUUUUAAUUCCAGAGUUAACAUUUGAAUGAAUUAGAGACUUUUUUUUUUUAAUAAAAAGGACAGCACAAAUACAUGCUGAUAAGGUACUCCAUCAAAACAAACUGGAAUGGUUUAGGAUUAUUGUGCAUUGAUUGUCACAGCCCUUGAAAUUCUUUGUAAUGGCAGUUGAGUACAAAUAACAAUGCGGAAAAUGCAUACACCAAUCAUUUUUGCAAUUAAUUAUGCUGGUUGCUUUCAUGAAUGUUGAGGGCUGCUGUUGCAUGGGUUUUUUGGGGGUGGUUUUAGUGGGUUGUUCCCUUAGUAACCAUUGUUCAUAACUUGUUUUGUGUUUUCUAUGUACAUGUACAUCCCUUGUAUCAGAUCAUCACAACUUGUCAAAGACUUCUUUUGUGUUCUUCAUGGUUUGUAGCUUGCUGGCUGUAAUUUACUGCUUGAGAAAACUGUAUAAAUAGAACGCACUGUAGACAUUGUAAAAUAAGAACACAUUUUUUUAUUUUGUGUAAAUUGAGAACAAAGACGUUAACAUGUCAUUCUGCUUGGGUGGAGCUCAGUUUGGUUUUUACAUUUCAGCCACAUUUUGACGUUCGUCUUCACAUCCAACAGCCACAGCCUCCUCAACAGUUGUUUAUAUAUUUUAUCAGUUAUCCAUAUUUUGUAAUGUGAUAUUUUAAUUUUAAUAUUUUUCUUCAUAAACGUCUGACACCUCCUUCAUUCUUUAUGAAUGUACAUAUAUUGUACAAGUGAAACUACAGGUUCAGAAAUACUGACUUUAGAAUUAUUUUACACAUUAAUUUAUCCAUUUAAUUUAAAACAAACGAUACAUAUCACCAAUAUCCCUACCCCACUUAUUCACUUACAUGCAAACUGUUACGGCAUAGCAGUUGUAGUUUUAAUUUGUAUCUGACUGGUUCAGAUUUAACAACAGUGUAUGUAUAUUAAAUAUUUACCAUUGUAUUAAAUCAUUUUUAUUGUAAAUACCAUACAUUAAAUUCAUUGUAUAAAACACCUUCAUCCAUCAUAUUUGUCAGCUGGAUUGUAAAUUGAGCUCUACCCUAGCAAGAUGUACGUGCAUGUAACUCUUAUUAAAGUCCCACAAAAAAAUGUUAUGUGGAGAAGACACAUUUGGUGCUUAAACACUUUGCAUGGUUUGAAAUUAACACUAGCUAAGUAAACUUGUGCUAGUAAAAACAAAAUUGAAUCAUACAAAGAUCAGUCGGUUCAAAAGAAUAUAUAUAUAUAUAUAUAUUUUUUUUUUUUUUAAAGUUAUUUGUAUUAUGAAUGAAUGAUUAAAAACGACAUUUAUAAUUUGUAGCUGUCCUUUUCACUUUAGGUGUUAGAAUUUAACAUGCUUGUAUCAAAUCAUUGUGUGGUGAGCCUGCCGUUAGAAUGUAGGCAAGUCUAUAAUGAGCAAAUACCUAAGAGAUUAAUCAAAAGUAGACAUUGUGUCUCAAAAUCUGUUGAUCUAGGUCUAUCAAUAUGGCUCACAAGGUGUCCACUUUACAGAAUGAUUGUAAUGUAUGUGUAUAGAGUUAAUACAUGUACUAGUAAGCAGUAGAAAUUGAUUUGUAGUAGUGUACAGGCUACACUGGUCUAGAUGUCUAUGAGUUACUUGAAUGAAGCUCAGUCACUGGAAUAUCCCGAGACUGAACAAUGCAAAACUCGUUCCGGUAUUGCACUAAUCACCGUUUUAGCUGCAGUAAUUAAAAAAAUAUAUAAAUCUUUUCCCUUUUUUUUUUUUGGUGUGUGUACCAGAAGUCAUGAAAUGGCCUACAAUGUAUUUAGUGGGUUUGGGGUUGUACUUUUUUUCGGUUUUAUUUUUCUUAAAUCCAUAGGAGAAAUUUUCGAGGCAAGCCUAUGUUGUAUUCCUCCUAUUCCAAAUGUUUGGGAUCAAUCCCCGAGUCUCAUAUUACAUGUGGCGUGUCACAUUGUGUUAGGCAUACUUUCAUGUAUGAUUACUAUAAAUAUUUUAGGAUAGUUCUGGCAGGUAUUUCUUUAAUUAUUUAAUGUAUAUUAUUUUUUUAUUUUUUUUUAUCAUUGCACACAAUUUCUUGCCAGAAAAUGAUUUGUUUGCCACAUUGAUUUGCAGAUUCAGUGGUGGUUAUGAAUGUAGAAUAGCCAUUCCUCUCUGCGAGAUGCAUAUAUUACCUAGACUUUUCAGAUAAAACCCCGAUUUUAACACCUGUAUGUGAUAUAACUGAUAUUAGUGAACCGUUGACUUCUUGAAUACAGACCGGCGUCGUUGUUAGGCCAUCGGUCUACAGGCUGGUAGAUACUGGGUUCGCAUCCCAGUCGAGGCAUGGGAUUUUAAAUCCAGAUAACGACUCCAAACCCUGAGUGAGUGCUCCGCAAGGCUCAGUGGGUAGG